AUUCGAUAGCUACGCCUUGCUGCAUUUAAAGCGAUGAGCGGAGAAAAUCGCUCUAAAUCUGAGCGACGGGAGAGAAAAAGGAAGAGCGAAGUGCGGUGGGAUGAGUGCAGCGCUGCCCUAUCCCGAGUAUAGUUUCCUCAGAAGAAAACUAAAUGGCUGGGCUCUGUCCUGGCUGAGCUUUACAGCAAAAGCUGGGAUGGCUUAUGUUGCCAAAAAGUGUGGCAUCCAGUUACAGCCUCCAUCUAUCGUUUUGAUCUAUGAAGAUCAGUGUAAGAAGAAUCUGCGCAAGCGCAUCAUGCCUAUCCGAGAUUUUACCAAAUUCUCAGAUUGCGGCAAAGCGGCAGAGCAGCUAAAGAAUAAUCCUCGGCACAAAACAUAUUUAGAAGGGGUAUCCUUGGCACAGCUAAAAAAGUUACACAAUUUGUUGAGAUGCCACCUGCAAGGACAAACUCUGAGCCAGAGUUUGAAACAAAUUGAGCAGAAUGAAACCGUUGAUCCAGAAGAGGACCUAAAUAAACUGAACGAUGAAGAGCUAGCCCAAAGGAAAAGAAUUAUGGAUGAAUUGUUUGAAAAGAACAGAAAAAGAAAAGAGGACCCAGAUUUUAUCUACAAUGUAGAGGUUGAAUUUCCACAAGAUAAUGAGCUUGAAACUUGUGAGUGGGAUUCAGAAACAGAGGAUGAAUUUUAAUGCAAAACUAAGCUUAUGGGGAUUUUCAGGAACAGUUUAUAAAUUAUAUAUACUUUCUGUUUUAGUAACAAUAUUUAUCUAAAGUUAUCAAUGAACGGUAGCAUUGUGUACUGUCAAAAUGAUUGACAUGUUUUUCUUUGCUUGGCAUUUGAAAAUAUUCUGAAAUAUUCAUAUUAAAAUUAUAUGCAGAAAUGUGUGUAUAGGCCAGUGAUGGCUAACCUUUUUGCCAUCACGUGCCAGGAGGGGGCUGGGGGGGUCGCCCACGCGUGUUCCCACACCCAUAAUUCUAGGUGCCCUGCCCCUGCGCAUGUGCGUGCGGACCACCCACCCACCCUCCGCUCGCGGCACACAAUGGCCCAGUAGGCCUGUUUUUCUCUCUCACCUUGCUCCAGAGCCUUUCUAUGAGUCUGGGGAGGGCAAAAAUUGCCUUCCCCACCACCACCAUCCCCCAGAGGUCCUCCAGAGGCCAGAAACGGCCCGUUUGCCAACUUCCGGUGGGACCAGUUUCCAUAGGUUCGCCAUGACGGGUAUAGACCAUGACUGUGUUGAGUAGAAAAAUUGUAUUGGUACAGGAAAUAUCCAUUAAGUAAGGAUUGACUUAAACUUUUUGCAGACAGAAUAGCAGCUGCCAUUUUGUCCAUUGCAUGAGCACAAAAUGGCAUCUACUAUACUUGUGAAUUGGCAUACUGCAUGAUCCAAAACAAUAUUUCUGAAAUAGAACCUUGUUUAAGAAACCAAGCAAAAUUGCUGAAAACAAAAGAUGUGUCACUAGAGAACCAACUGUACAUGAUAGCACAUCUGCAAGCAUUCAUAUUCAAAAUAGAUAUGUUUGCAGAAAGCAUAUGAAUUGCAUCAAUGGGAUAGAAUUUAUUUGGCAAGAUCUAUUGUGAAAACUCCAGAUAGAAAAAGGCAUCCUCAACAAGGAAUUUUCUAAAAAAAGGAAAUGUCUAAAUAAAUAUUCAGAAGAACUAAAAUCAGUUUUAAAAAAUACUUCAUUUUUAAACGCAAUUCUUCCACCUACCGCCUAAACUUUUGCUUUUCAGAUGUUGAAAUUUCAUUUCUGACAUUCAUAUUCAGUAUGUUUUGGGCAGAUUCCAAUUCCUCAUCCACAUCUUAAGUUAAGAAGAAGCAACACAUUUCAGGACAUAUAGGAUUCCUGAAUUAGAAUUUUCACAUUGAGAAAAAAGAUCUCAUUAAAGCAUUAUUGGACCCAAAUACCAACUUUUUGAAGGAUCAUUUUGGUAUUUUAGAACCACUUUCCAUUACUAAAAUUAUAUUCAUGUCAGCUGGAAGGGGAAAAAAAUUAGUUGUUUGCCCUAGUAGUUCCCUAAGUUGGCAGAAGUGAAGUGAGCACAUCUACCAACUUCCUUCUGUCACGUGAAUACUUUGAGGCUAGCUGCUAGAUGGUCAGAGAUAUUCAUAAUGACACAAGGAAACUAUAGUAUAUAUGAACAAACAAUUUUGUGGUGGAAAAAGCAGGUGAUUUUUAUUCUCAAAUAAUUUAUAUUGGGAUUAAAAAUACUGUACUUAGAUGGAAGAAACUAAUUUUAAGUACCAAAAAUUUGAUCCAUAGAAUUCUCAGCCAUCUUACAUGUUAACAGUUUUUUAAUGACUUGUAACUGAAUGGAUUCUAUUUAAGAGAAUUGGGACUUAAAUACUAUGGGCAUAUGUAUAUAAAUAUAUAUCUUUGUAGGUUAUUAAUGUAGAUAUUUAGCAAAUAUCUUCUCAGUAAUUAUAUAUAUUCAAGAUUUUUUUUAAAAAAAUUCAGCAUUUGUUCUCCAGAGGGCAGUGUUUUCUCAUUUAAAAAUCUGUUUGGGGCAAAUUUUUGCAUUUAAAAAGAAUUUCUAUGUUAUUUAUCAAAAUAGUUUGUGAUACAGAGUAAUUUGGGAAUGGGUUAUUUUAUCCUUAAGAAUUAUAUAUUCUGAUGUCUAAAAAAAUAAAAAUAAAAACCUUUUAGUGACAUUGUCUUGGUCUGAAAAAAGAUUUUUUCUAAGGAAUAUCAGCAAUUCCUGAUAUUGCAAAAUAUAAUUUCGUUGAUCAGCCGUUGAUCAGCCGCUGCAAGAAACCUGGAUAAUCAAACAUCUUUUACAAAAUGGAUCUCCAACAAAGCAUGUGCUUUAAUCUUCAACUGAAAUUUAAGUUAAUUUUUUUUUCUGCAGAUUUGACUGCAUUUUCUCCCAUUUGGAAUAAAGCAAGAUUUAACACUAUCCUUUUUUAUUAUUAUUAUCUACAUGAAGCACUAGACAAUGCAUAUAUUGGUUCCAAGUGAGGUAUUAGAUAUAUGGUGAUGAUAAUCAGGGAUAUAACUCCAUACAGUACCCUCUCUAAAUGGUCUCCUCUCUGACAGUCUUCAUUGAAGUAUUUAAGGCAGCACUUUUUUGCAGAACUUUUAAUUCGUUGUAAAGAUUGUUGCUGGACAAAGGGCGUUUCAAUUUAUGAUUUUGUCAAUCAUAUUUGUGCUGGGUACAUGUGUCAUUGAUUCUGAUGGUUUAUUGUAAACUUGUAAACAGGAAUCUUAGAAUAUAGCAGUAAUUAUAAUACAUAGAUUACUGGGGGAAAAUUUAAGUUGUUUGAAGAAAACUAUAACUUUAUUCAGGGUAAAUUUAAUGGGAAUUAUGCCAAUUUGGUCCUGCUUUUAAGUGCUUAAAAGUUCAAUUUUAUAACACUAUUAUCUUUGAAACACUCAAAAUGUUUACAUGCAAUCAUGUAAAGUCAUACUUCGUUUAAUUAUGUUUCAUUGAAUAAGCCACAACUGAAUGUUUUGCACAUAAUUUGCAAACUACAAUGACUGGAUAAAUUAAGCCAACAUCCAAACAAAUCAAUUUAUGAUGUAACGCAGAGUUAAGUCCAGC